UUCGACGACCCUGACGAGCGUAGUGUGGACGACGUCGUCGCCGAGAAUGACGACGACGACGUAGACUACGUGACGGGACAAGCCGCCGCCGAAGAAGAGGAAGAAGACGGGGAAGACUUGUUGGAGCACGCCGAACGUGAUUACCAAGCUAUUCCAGCUUUGGAUACGUACGGAGCCGAAGGUUUGGACGAUCGCGAUUACGAAAAUCUUACUGUCGAUGCCCGUCGAGCGGUGGAACAACAGUUGGCCCGACGGGAUCGGGACAAGGCCGGAAGGAACGAUGGCUUCUACACUCUACUCGACGAUAUGGCGGACGAAGACGAAGAAGCGCGACAAGCCCGUCGCGGAGCCUUUGAUCGUCGUCAAUUGCACAAGGACGGACGGGGCGACGAAGACGACGACGACGCCGCGGAUACUCGGGGACCCGCGGCGGACGACGCCGACGAUAUUACGGAAGGUGAUUUGGACCGUGACGAUCAAGUCAAUCUAGAAGCCUUUGACGUGCCGCUGCGGGAGUGGAUUGCGCAAGAACAGACGCGCCGCGAAAUACAACGCAAGUUUCGGGUCUUUCUGCGACACUACACGGGACCCUCGGCCGUUCCGGAAUCCCGGCGCCGCCGCGGGAACGGACUCUACGAACAAAAGAUCCGUACCAUGUGCGCCUCCAACAAAUCCACAUUACAGGUCUCCUACAUUCAUCUCAUGGACGCCGAACCCAUUCUGGCGUACUGGUUGGCGGAUGCUCCCAAGGACAUGCUCCUCGUACUCAACGAAGCUGCCACCCGCCACACUCUCAUGCUCUUCCCCUCCUACAACGCCAUCAAGUCCGAAAUUCACGUGCGUAUUUCGGAGGUGCCCAUUCUGGAUAGUCUCCGGGAUUUGCGGCGGUCGCAUCUAGAUUGUCUCGUCAAGGUGCACGGUGUCGUUACCCGGCGCUCCUCCGUCUAUCCCCAACUGCAAAUGGCCUACUACACCUGCCUUUCCUGCAAGGCCAUUCAGGGGCCCUUCCGUACUGAAGGCGUCGGAGCCAACUUGGCCAACGUCCAUACCCCUAGCGAAUGCGUGCAGUGCGAAGUUUCCGCCUUUCGUCUGCACCCCACCAUGUCCUCCUACCGCAACAUCCAACGUGUCAAUCUACAAGAGACACCCGGAUCGGUUCCACCCGGCCGCGUCCCCCGCACCAAAGAAGUCCUCGUCGCCGAUGACCUUAUUGACGUCGCUCGACCCGGGGAAGAAAUCGAAGUCACCGGUGUGUACGAACACACCUUUGACUCCUCACUGACGCUCAAAUCCGGUUUUCCCGUCUUUUCAACUUUUCUGCACGCCAAUCACGUUCUCAAACGCGAAGACGCCUCCAGCGCCUCCAAUUUGAGUGAACAAGACAUUCGCGAUAUUCUGCAGCUCGCCCGGGAUCCCAACAUUGGGGCCCGCAUCGUUCAGUCCAUCGCCCCGAGUAUCUACGGCCACGACAAUUGCAAAAUGGCCCUCGCCAUGAGUUUGUUCGGUGGCGUCGCCAAGAACAUCAACGACAAACAUCGUAUUCGUGGCGACGUGAACGUGCUCUUGUUGGGCGACCCCGGGACGGCCAAGUCGCAGCUCCUCAAGUACGCCGAACAGACCGCACCCCGGGCCGUUUACUCUACCGGGAAGGGUGCGUCGGCCGUGGGAUUGACCGCUAGUGUGCAUAAGGAUCCGAUUACGAGGGAAUGGACGCUCGAGGGUGGGGCAUUGGUGCUCGCCGACAAGGGCGUCUGCCUCAUUGACGAAUUCGACAAAAUGAACGAACAGGAUCGCACGUCAAUCCAUGAAGCCAUGGAACAACAGAGUAUCUCCAUUUCUAAAGCCGGCAUCGUCACCAGUUUGCAGGCGCGGUGUUCCGUCAUUGCGGCGGCCAACCCGAUCGGUGGUCGUUACGACAGUAGCAAUACUUUAGCGGAUAACGUGGAGUUGACGGACCCGAUUCUGCAGCGAUUCGACUGCCUUUGUGUAUUGCAGGAUGUGGUGGAUCCGGUCGCCGAUGAACGGCUCGCUCAGUUCGUCACUAGUAGUCACAUGCGGUCCGUACCCACGCGGGAAUACGUGCCGAACGAAAGCGACCUAGCCGACAACAACGCGGAACGCCCCGGUCUCAUUCGGCAAGAUCUGUUGCGCAAGUAUAUUCAGUACGCCCGCUUCAACGUACGGCCCAUUCUGCGUGGCAACGCGCUGGACCAGGAAAAAGUGUCGUCGCUGUACGUGGCGCUGCGUCGAGAGUCCGCCGCAUCGGGUGGCGUGCCCAUUGCGGUGCGCCACGUGGAAUCCAUUAUGCGCAUGUCAGAAGCUCACGCCAAAAUGCACCUGCGUGACUACGUUCGGGACGAUGAUAUGGACGCCAGUAUCCGCAUGAUGCUGGAGAGCUUUAUCAUGGCGCAAAAGUUUAGCGUCCAACGUGCGCUCCGACGGUCGUUCGCCAAGUUUAUUACGUCCGGAGAAGACCGGGCUUACCUGCUCCUGCACAUUUUGCAGGACAUGUUCCGCAAGGAACAAAUGUACCAGGUCAUCCGUUUGCGACAACGCAAUCAGACCGAGGACGAUCUUGAAACGCUAGACGUGCCGCUGGACGAGCUGGAAGCCAGGGCGCGGGAGCGACGGAUCUACGACGUUUCCGAGUUCUGCCGAAGCGAAGCCUUUACCGAAGCGGGCUACGUCUUGGACGAACGUCGUCGGGUUGUUUCCCGUAAUUUGGUUGUAUGAUUGGAAAGCUACGAGUAGAAUGAUUAUGUGUGCUCACGAGCUGAUUUAGUGUUCAACAAUGAAAAAAGUAAAUCAUCGUCCCUUGAAUGCUUUUGCAGCGAUCGGGACGAAUGUCACACAUCAGUCAAUCCGAAAGGGAACAUUGCGUUCUAUAGGCUGCACCAUAUAGUCUGAAAUAUUACCAAGCGC